UCUUGAUCAGAACGGACAAUACGACUGUAGUGGCAUACAUCAACCCGCCAGAGUGGCACUCGCUCCCUGUGUUUAAACAGACUAUCCGUCUGGAUUAUCCUGUUAAGCAGCGCACACUUACCGUCCCUACGAGAGACUCAUGUCGUACCGAACACAGGCGCAGACUUAUUUUCCAGAGGGAGUCCCAAUCUAGGGGAUGGAGACUUCUCCCCCAAGUGGUGAAACAGAUCUGGGAAAGAUACGGUCAAGCAUUCGUAGAUAUAACGUUUGUGCCUAUUCCAUAAGAUCGGUCUUGUGAAAGCUGCCUUUUUCUACACGAGAAGAACUGGACAAGGAAAUCCUCAUGAAAUUGUACGUAAAUUGAAUAAGUCACCACCUUAAAAAAAAAAGUGACUCUCAUGAACCCAACCGUGUCGGUUGUUUGGCUCUACGACAUCCACAAGCUUUGCGGCAGUUGUCUGAACUUUUGUCGAGGACGUCCUCAUUUUUAAGAGGUCUUCUCACAAGACCAACUGUCCAGACCGAACCGUUGGAGCUACAAAGGAAUAUCUCACCAAUAUCUCACGAACACGAAGGUGUAGGUUGUUUUGCUUCACGACACACGCAUGCUUCAGGGGAGUCUUCUGAAGAGCCAUGGUCGGCAACCUGGGGAUGCUGGACGAGUCGGAGCCACUAUGAGGACGGCUGUGUGGGAAUCAGUAACAACAGGAGUGUGAGUGACUCGCCAGAUAGAGGCAAUGCUUUCCGGGAGGCCCUCCUGUGAAUCUCCCCGAAACACGCAUGACUCCUGCUCCAGGUGGGAAAACUAGGAUGGAACACACACACACUGCUCUGCAAAGAGCCACAGGAACAACUACCUCAGCAGCUGCUCUUUCACACACAAAGACACGCAUACCACUGUUGCCAUCACCACUCUGACCUGACAGAGGAAGAACACCGGAAGGUUCCGGAAUACAUUUUCCAGGAUGUUUGUGAAUUUCCGGCGGAUCCGCAAGUGCCAGUGCGUGCAGUUGAUGACCACAUGCCUGGUGCUGUCGGUGGUGAUGGUAUGCUGGGAGCAGCUGGACAGUGGCAUGGUGAGCCACAUCAACUCCUACUCUUACCGCUACCUGGUCAACAGCUACACUUUCAUCAACAAGAGCUUCACCAUCCCACGACAGGAGGCCCACAUGUUCAGUAACCACCGCUACCUACUCAACCACCCGUACAAGUGUUCAGGAGAGAAGGACAUUUUACUGCUUCUGCUCAUCAAGUCCUCCCCGGAGAACUUCGAGAGACGGCGAGCCAUACGGUCGACGUGGGGCAACGAGACCUACAUUCGCCAAGACCUGGGGGUGACGGUGAAGGUGAUGUUUGUGCUGGGCCUUCCCAAGCAGCAUGAGACUGCCCAGACGUGGAGGGGGAGGAGCGGAGGCAUCCAGGACAGCCUGGUCGAUGAGGACCGCAGGCAUGGCGACAUGGUCCAGCAGGACUUUGUGGACACGUUCCACAACCUCACCCUCAAGCUUCUGCUACAGUUCCGCUGGGCUCAUUUCUACUGCCCGCAUGCCCGAUUCCUCAUGACGGCUGACAAUGAUAUCUUCGUGCACAUGCCCAACCUGGUGCGCUACCUGCAGGACAUGGACAGGAAGGGCGUGACGGACUUCUGGAUCGGUCACGUGCACAGAGGCGCGCCACCGAUCCGCCAGAAGGAAAGCAAGUACUACGUCCCGCAAGAGAUGUACCCUUGGGCGUCAUACCCGGACUACACGGCAGGGGCCGGUUACGUCGUCUCAAGAGACGUGGCGGACAAAAUCUACCAGGCCUCAUUGACGCUCAAUGCCUCGCUGUACAUUGACGAUGUCUUCAUGGGCAUCUGUGCCAAUGCCAUGGGCGUGUCGCCACAGGAACACGUGUACUUCUCAGGCGAAGGCAAGGCGCCCUACCACUUGUGCAUCUACGACAAGAUGAUGACAUCGCACGGCCAUGUGGCCGACAUUUAUGAGCUCUGGGAAGCCGCCACAAACCCGGAGGUCAAAAGGGUCACAUCGGGACUUUUUGGGAGGUUGUACUGCACGGCAGUGAAACUCACCCUUCUGUGCAGACCCUACUUCUUCAACACCUACCCCUGCAAGGCAGCCUUGUUGUAGUACUGUAAACUUACUGUGUUUGGUCCAAAACGGAGUGCGGGAUCAUGUUGCUUUCAUCACUCCCAUUAUUUGAAAAGACUGAGGAGGGAAGGGGGGUGGAGAAACGUGUUUUGUGUUAAUGGAGGGAGAAACGCAUGAGUCAUAUCUAUUGCUGUAAAUGUGGGUUUUACAUUAACCAUCUAUCUAUAUGGUUUUACAGUAACUGUCUAUCUAUAUGGUUUUACAGCAACUGUCUAUCUAUAUGGCCGGCAGUGGUCCAGUUCUUGCUAGCUUUAAGAUGUAUUGAAUAGACCCACCUCUCUGGGAGGGCAGAGACUGAAUGUGAUGAACAACAGAUGCUUCCCAAGGAGAUACUGUCCAGACAUAAUGUUGAAACAUAGGAUUCACAGUGAAUUUCUUCUCCCACUCCCCCAUCUCCUUCCAUUAAACUGAUUGAGAGAAUGUUUCCCUGGCCUUGAACUCUGUUGAUUAUGCGGUUUAAAACUAACUGUGCAUGAACACAAUUGGCUCAUUGUCUGUCGUUUCCCGGUAAGGUUAGCUAAGGUUAACGAGAAGAGACUGUUUAUAACUUUAUUAUAACUUAACAGUCCAUAUGGUUGGCCGGCAGUAUGAAACUGCAAGCAGUCAUUUGAAACGGAGGUUAAUAAAGUCUUACAAACUC